AUAAAAUGUUAAAACCGCUUGCCAUAUCUGUGACUGUUCACUGGGAUACACGCGUUGCUUUGUGGGUGAGGACAGUGUGAGGUCUGUCUCUGUCCCCGCUGUCUUCUUCAGUGUCUCUCAGGCCUUCGCCAGCAGACUUCACAAACUUUGCUACCCCGCGGCGAUACCUGACGCAACUGGCAUUCCAGACCGGAGGAACCCCGGUGAUUGGUCGAGCGCAGUCACCUGUUCACUAAACACGCAAUGUCAUUGGUUCUCUCGCGUGUCCGCCAGGAAAACGUCUCGCCACGGUGAAGUUACAAGCAGCCGGGCCACGUUGACCUGAAAGUCUUCUCACUACAGGUGUGUGUUUGUGCUGCUAUUUCGUCGCUGUUUAUCACUUUGCUGACUUAAGACUUCAUAGGUUCUGCAACUCACUUGGAAGGGUGAGGCAACUUGUUCAAGAAUAAGUAACGGCAGUAAAUAUCUUACGGCCACCUCAACAGUGCUGUGAACACACACGCAGGUAAAAUGAGCGUGGGUUUCAUAGGAGCGGGCCAGUUGACCCACGCUCUGGUGAGGGGCUUCUCAGCCGCAGGCGUGAUUGCCACCCAAAGAAUCACAGCCAGUUCCCCAGACACUGAUCUCCCAACAGUACAGGGAUUGCGGAAAUUAGGUGUGAAUUUCACCACCAGCAACAAAGAGACAGUGAACAAGAGUGAUGUUCUUUUCCUGGCCGUGAAGCCCCACAUCAUUCCUUUUGUACUGGAUGAGAUCGGAUCAGACAUAGAAGAUCGCCAUCUAAUUGUGUCCUGUGCAGCAGGGGUCACCAUCAGCUCCAUAGAGAAGAAAUUGCAGCAGUACCGCCCUGCUCCAAAGGUGAUGCGAUGCAUGACCAACACUCCAGUGGUGGUGCGUGAAGGGGCCACCGUGUAUGCCACAGGCACCCAUGCAGAGGUGGAGGAUGGGAAGCUUCUGGAGCAGCUGAUGGCCAGUGUAGGAUACUGUGCAGAGGUGGAAGAGGAUCUGAUUGAUGCCGUUACUGGGCUCAGCGGCAGUGGCCCUGCCUAUGCUUUCACGGCUGUGGAUGCUCUUGCUGAUGGUGGAGUGAAAAUGGGCCUACCCAGAAGACUGGCUGUACGCCUUGGAGCCCAGGCCCUCCUGGGGGCCGCUCGAAUGCUGUUGGACUCAGAGCAGCACCCUGGGCAGCUCAAGGACAAUGUGUGCUCACCAGGGGGCGCCACCAUCCAUGCCCUACAUGUCAUGGAGAGCGGUGGUUUCCGCAGCCUCCUGAUUAAUGCUGUUGAGGCCUCCUGUGUCAGGACUAAGAAACUCCAGUUUUUGGCUGACCAAGAGAAGAUCUCCCCAGCUGCCAUAAAGAAAACAACCCUGGACCAAGUCCUGCAGCAGCCAGGAGUGACUGCUGAAACUGUUGGAAUCAGAUCCCGUGGUAUCAGCUUCUUCAACAGCAGUAACCCCAGGACCAAGAAGAAGUGAUCUUUUUUUUAUUUCAGAUUAUUGUUGAAUCAUAAGCUAAUGUGGUGGACAAAUCUGUAUAUGACAUUUGUUGAAGCUGUGAACCAUAUUAAGUCUUUGCAAUGAAAUUUCCUUUGUAAUAGUUGAUGCUGGUAAUUGAUUCCUUCCUGUUUAAGGUUUGGUUCCAUUGCUAUCACAGUAUUUUUGAUGGAAUACUGUUUUCUAACUCUUAUGCCACAUGGAAAAGUUGUGUUUACUCAUUAACCAAGCAAUGUAGCAUUGAAAGUUACCAUUGUGGGGACUGUGACUCUGCAGACUUCUAAACUUCAGAAGCGAUACAUUCUAGAAACCACAUACAAAUACCUCCUACGUCCUUUUUCCUAAUAAAGCUAAACUGAUGCCAAAGUCUGUAGUUGGCCCAUACAAGGAUGUGUUGUAUGAAAAGAUUUGGUGAUUUACUAAAAUACAUACACUGUUUUCUUGAGGGGUUUUUUUCUUGAUAAAUUCAAGAAUGUCCUACUGCUUUGCUGUUCCUUGUAUUGAGUAGAUUAUCUGAUAAGAUUUUUCUUUUUGCAUAUAACCAGGGUGAAAUUGAUUUUAAAAGGUUAAAGGUAGUUAGAUCAUGGUGAGACAAGGCAAAAGUGUUACUGUGGAGGAGGUGGUUCAUUCACUGUCUAUAUAACAUGUGUUUUUAAAUAUGUUUCACAAAAAAUAAAUGUGUAGACUUGUGGGUGUUAUGUUUGUGUGUAUGUGGGUCCUGUGUUUAGUAACAUACACUAAAUGCCAUUAACACUUUUCAGAUGUGUAUUUAUGUAUUGUCAAAAAAAAACACAGUAUAGUGGGGGAGUUUUCUAUUGUGGUUCUUAAAAUAAAUGUGUGAAUUUCUAUUUUUAUUAAACCAUGACAAUGAU